CACUUCAUUACAUUAAUCACAACCGUACAUCAAGGAGAAACCUCAGACCGAGUACUAGCGAUCAAAGGAAGACCACAACAUGACCGCCAUCGGAGCACUCGUCUUCUGCAGCGACUGUGGCAAUCUCCUGGACUCAAAUCCCGGCAGGAAAGAAUAUAUCGAUUGCGAUGUAUGCGGCACAUCUAAUAAAGACACGUCCUCCAAAGUCGUAACAACCCACAGCAAGCCCAGCGCCUUUCCUUCUACAUUACGCACACGUCUCCGCUCUGAUGUUCAAGAAGUAGCUGAAGGUGAUAUCGCAAAGGUCGAAACCGUCACAGAGCUAGAGUGCGAAAAGUGCGGCCAUCCGGAAGUGCGAUUCUACACGCAGCAACUGCGGUCGGCAGACGAAGGUUCAACGGUCUUCUAUACAUGUCCGAACUGCGGGCAUAAAUGGAAUACGAAUAACUGAAACGUUUGCGCUUUCUGGAAAUUUUGUUGCGUUCCAAGCGGAAAAUUGCGAGUAUCUAUACUUUGCUCGCU